AGGUGGACACACAGUAGCACACCAAUGUGGUUAAAAGCUAUUAGUCUGCUUGAUUGUUAAGCACUACUCUAUUUAUACAUGUCAACAGAGCAUUCACUCUUCAACUAUUCACACAAGUGCUUAUCCAGUCAGAGCUAUGAGAAGCUCUUUCUUCUAGAGGUGUCCUUGGUUCUCAUGCUCUUUAUCUUGCUCCACAGCUGUUGCUCUGGACAGUUUUUCUUGUAUUCCCACAUAUUAGUAUAUUAAACAUCAUCCUUACAUAUGGCCAGUGUAGUGGCAGUUGGUAAUGCUCUGCCUCUAGCUGGAUCAUCUCAAGUAAUAACAGACCAACUGCAAAAUCAGCACAAUGGAAUUUUGUAAAACGCACACAUCAAAAUAGUACAGUGUGACAUCAAACAUAACCCAUUUGAAAGUAGGAAAAUGUUAUCUGUGGAACGAACACUUCAAUAAAAAAGCUGUCAUAAAUACUCUGUUAUGUCUUCUGAAAACAUUUUUAAAACAUUGAGUUUCAUGGUGUGUUCCAGUUCUGUGUAUCUUGUGGUCUUCUUUGCAGAUGUUCAUCAGUUCUGUUGUUCAAUUGUAAUGUGUUCUAAAACGAGAGCUGGCAGUAACUAGCACAUAGCCAGGGAAGCUUGAGGCAACCCUGGUUGGCCUUGGCUUUCUGUAUGUAUGUGUGACCAUUUUGCCUAUGAGGAUUUACUCUGGAUGCUGUUUCCUUUUAAUUCGGAGUUUCAUAUAGGUCUGCAACUAUGUUAUUUCCUUCUUCCUGGUGUAUCUGGAGAAGGUUGUCUUGCAUUUGAACUGAGUGUCUUGCUCAGUCUUUAAAAUCUGUUUGCUUUGGUUUCACUGCUCCUUAAUCAUUAGCAAAAUAGAUGAAGUGCUGCCUGCUGGUGCAGCAUCAUCUUCAGUUGAAACUAUACAGCCUUUUUUUUCUGAGAAGUCCUCCAGAAAUGCAUGCAGGGCAUAUUGUGAAUGAAAGUGUUUCCUUGUAGCUUGUCCCAGAGGUGGAUUUUCUUCUCCGUUACAUAUGACUCAGCUGUUACUUUCAUAAGCCUUGUGGACAAUCUUAUGAUGACCAUUUCUAAAAACCAGUACCGCCUCAGAGGAAAGUUAGGGUGUAGUUGGGCACAAUUAUUUUUCAUGACGCUGUUUGAAUUUUUUUCCUUUUUCAUGUUCUUCUCUUGUGCCCUUCCUUCCGCCAAAGGACACGUGUGUUUUAUGGUGAUUUUAUAAAUGAGUUAUAAGCUCCCUUGUAGUACACGGAGUGAAAUUUGCUGAAAUCCUGUUGUUUUUUGAGCUCUCCUCAUUACAGUGCAGAACACUCUCAGCUGCAUUACUUCUUUUCCAACCUCAGGUCCUCCAUUCUGUGAGUUGUCAUGUUUUGCUUGUUUCCCCAGUUCCAACAUUUGAAAUACAGCUGCUAGUGAAGAAUUCAUAACAUUAUUCCAGGUAGCAAAUAAUUGACCUGCUGCAUUUCAGAUUUCAUCUUUCCAUAUGAUUUAGGAAAGAAGAAAGUUGGAAGUUCAAGUUGCCGGCAAAAAAAUAAUGAAAAAGGAAGAAUUUUUGUCAAAUUGAUUUAUAAGCAAACCUGGUUCCACAAUUAAGCAGCAGUUGAGGCAUAUCUGCAGUCUUAUUGCUCUUGUAUUGGUCUGCUGGAAAUGAAAGAAGCUCUGUGAUUGAGUGUUCUUUCCUCUUACAGCAACCUGUAGGAGGACCUGAAGUUGGCUGUUUCCCUGAAAUAACUGCAGACUCAUUGAGGAGGGCUCCCAGUGGAUUAGGGUAUCUGUUCACUUGUAUGAAACAGUUGCCCUCUUGGCACUCCAAAUAUUGAAACGGUUUCCCUUAAAGAUCUAAGAAGCCCUUAUCUCGAGAAACAACUGGAAGUUAAAAGUUUUCCUAGGGAAAAAAGAAGUGUUUGGUGUUUACCUGUCUAAAGGCUUCUGUAGCUGCCUCUAGUUGCUGUGGAUUUGAUUUAAGUUCUACCAUACAUAAAAGCAAAACUAUUAAAAGAAUUUUAUAAUUGCUGUUUGUGUCUGUACUGAAAAAAUGUGGAAAUAAAAUGAAAUAGAUGGUUAUGAUGGAGGAGAAUUUUAAAAUGCUGCCUACUGGCUUUUGGGUUCUUAGGGAGCCCUUAGAUUUUACUUUGCAGUUUGAAAGUCCUAUUAAAACAAGGAUUACCCACCACUGUGUGGUAUAAAUAUAAAACAUCUGUAUUUCCCAAAAUGGAUCAGCACACAAACAGCUUGGACUGUUAGAUAUUGAUUUAUAAGGCAUUAAUAGUUGGUGUUCCUUCAAUAUGUUAUGGUAAAUAAUGUGUAGAGGUGGUGAAGUUGUUUCCUCGUUGAAGUAAUUUCCUCAUCAGAGGCAGGUUCUGUUAAUACAAGAAAAUCAGGCUUUUCAUAAGGGUUUUCCCAUCUGUUGCCCAACACAGACCUGAUGUGAGGAUCAGAAAGCCUCUGUUUUUCUGUCUUUGAGCAAAAUCACAGUUUACCAUACACAGCCAAUAGAAGCCAAAGUACAGCUGGUAAUUUUUCACACUAAUGUGAGUAUGUCUAGUUGCUCAUUAAUAAAGGUGAUUUCUUUUUUUAUUCUUAUUUUAAGAAGCUUUGGCUAAAUUAUUAUGCUCGGAAAGGCCUCUGAAAUGAAAAUAUGAAUUAAUUUACCACUAAAUAUAUGAAAUGAGAGAACCUGACUUAAGAAUGUUAUUACUGGAAUCAAACCUUUCGGAGGUUUAGUGAACAUUAUGGCAUUCAGCACAGCUCAGUGUUUUGCUCGCAUGACUUGAAUCAGUUUUACAGCAUCUACAACUUUUGUUUUUCUCCACAAAGAAAUUGUGUUAAUGUGCACAGUUCUUUGAGUUGUGUGCCAUUCUGUUACUUUACAAGGCAUUAUUAUUUCCAACCAACAGAUGAUGUGUGUUGAGUGACAGUUCCCCAUAAAUAAUAUACCUGUCUACUGAAGUCAUUACCAAAAGCACCAUCAGCUUCACCUUCUUCUCUGUUAGAGUUCCAUGGCUUUUAUACUACUGUGUCUUGGACCUGAAGUAGCUCUGUAAUACUGUUCUGCAUUUUGGAAAGUAGCUUCCAGCCCAGUUAGACAUCAUUAUGUCCCAUCCUGUAGAGCUGCUUGCUAAACUUGUAGCUGCUUCAAGAGGCAAAAUGCAGCCGAUUCCAUGUUUUCGACUUGUGAAAGUUUCUGUGUAGCACAGCUGCCUUUCUCCUACAUCUGUGGGGGACUCAAUGACAGCAGGGUCAGCAGCAGCGUUUUCCCUGCUAGCUGCUAGACUGCAGCUUGAAAUGGCAUUGGCUUUCCAGAAAACAGAUAGGUGACAAGAGAGCUGUAGGAUUCUGUUAGCGUGACCCUAACUCUGACAACUCUGGCUUAAUUUACUGGCUUGUGUUGUGCCUUUACAAAAGAAAAAAAACAAUUUUGAGAUAUGUGUGGAGGCCAUCGCUACAAUGAAGGAUGCUUGACCAAAAUGAUAUAUGGUUGUUUAUUUUUUUUUUUAAAUAAACUUCAGAGCUGGACAGAAACAGGGAUUCAUGAGGGAAUCCUUAGAACCAGAAGGAACGAGUCAGAGUAGGCUUGUUGAGGGCACUCACACCACCAUGUGAAAAAAUGUACUGUAAAAACAGAAGACAAUUCAGUUGUUGCUGAUGCAGAGUCCUUGUGGAGGCUGUGUGCUGGUACCUGCUCUGUUCCCUGCUCAGUUCCUGCAUAGCUUCCUGAAGGAGCCCUUCUUGUAGCUGCAGCUACUCAGGCUGUUUGGGGCUUUGCUGCCUGCUUUACCUGCUGCAUUCUCUUUAAUUGGUGGCCUGGAAGAAUAGUCCAGUUUUGCAGGUAUAGAUAGAUGUGUCUGUUACAGAAUGGGUUCUGUUUAAUGUGAUCCUCAGUUCUCUCAGGUCUUCAGAGGGACGUGCUGCCGACAGCCACGUAUGUUUUAUCUGUAUGCUGGUGACUUGCAUUAUGCAGCUUCCAUUGUCUUCCAGUUUGCUUACCUUAGAAAUGAACGUGAAGGUAAAUUUCAUGUGCAUUAUUUCAGUUUCAUAUUCACUUUUUACUAGCAUAUGCAGCCUUGUGGUACAAGUGCAGGUGGAAGAACAGUCUGACAAAAGACUGUUAGCUCACCUAGCAAGUGUAUUCUAUAACAUAAAGGCAGUUCUGCUGAGAAAGACCAAUAGAGAAAUAAUUUACACAGAUUUGGAGAUGUGACCUUAUGGAAGAGUUAAUGGGUAUUCCCUGUGUUUGGAACAACACAAUUGACAUUUUCAGUAUUUGCAGUACGCAUCAAUUUAUGCUUCAAUAAGCAAGCUCUUCUUUUCUUAUAUUUUUGAGAAUAUGACUGAAAAAUAACAUAGAAAGGUAGCAUUAAAUUUCUGUGUGCAACAGAAUUGUUCUGUGCAGAUGAAUGGUAUUUUCUUCCAGGUGGUUCACCUGCAUAGACAAAAAUAUUUGUCAAACUGAAGCCUCUGCAACUCACUAAAAGAAAUUAGUAAGUCUAAAAUGAAAUGGAAUGAAAAAGAAAAAACAAAGCUCUUCUGUAGGGAAAAAUUGACUAUUUUCUACGUGGAGUAGAGCCAGGAUUUGUUAUGAAUUUACCUUGCAAAAUCCACAACUGUGGUCAAUGGCACCAACUUUGCUUCAGGAGUUUUUGUGGGAAGAGUGCAUUUAAUUCUAGCGGGAGGACUUGGGGUAAACUGGAAUAUCUGAUCUCAGUUGGCUGCAAGCAUAGUCUGGGAUUGAAAAUGUUAGUUCUUCUAGUACCUCACUGAAAUGCUGAAACCAGCUUUGGUUAACAAAAGCUGAUGUUACUUUCUCUCUUUAAUUUUGGUAGUAGUUUUGCUUCCAUGGGAAAGUAGUGAGACUGCAGCUAAGCUUUGGUAAAAUGUUUUAAGUAGGAAGUGUUAAUUUCUAGAUAGGUUUCUACUUUUUGUCCUGUUGUUUUAGCUAGGUGUAGCAAGCUAAAGUGCAUUGGAGCACAAUUUUGUAUCUAUAUGUUUUUUAUCUACAACGGUGGCUAUUUGACAAAGUUCUGAUUAGCAAGUGAGUAGCUUUUGGUUUUAAAUGAAUGGUUAUGAAGUUAGUUCCAGGUAAGCCUACAGUUCUUUUCAGGCUGUUGGUAAGUUGGUGCUAGCAUCAUGCUGUGUCUUGUAUGCAAAACAAAUAUAAGAAAGAAAAAUAACUUUAGAAUCUCUUUAAGGAAUGUUCAUGCUGUGCUGAGUUGAAGAAGACUUUGCAAACUCAAAUAAAGAAUUUCAGUUAGGAAAAUCUGUAAUAAAAUAGGCAGCAGGAAAUUAGUGUGGAAUAUGAAAUUCAUUAUGAUGAUGAAUGCUUCUGAAAGUAUUUGCCGUUAUAGUUGGCUUUAAUUUCGGUAUCAUACUGUUCCAAGUCUACUGCCAUUUUUGAGCUUUGGAGUCUUAUGCUGCUGCUUUUGUUUCUCUUGCUGAAAAACGUUCACGUUUAUACAGAAGUUAAAAGGGAGUUCUGUAAAGGCUGUGGUGUUACUGCAUCGUGUCCCAAGGUGUGCAUUUCUCAUUUCAUUAUCCCAAGUGGGUAUGUGCCACUCCACUGCUAUUGAAUCUGCUACAGUAAUCUUCAAGGCAUGAAUGUCUUGAAUACUCAGAAAGGAUUCAGAGGUAGAAAAUUAGAUUGAAUUUCAAAUCCUUAUUUUCACCGUUUCCCAUGAUUUGUUUCUUGCUAUUUAAAUCAAUGUAUCUGAGCAUCUAUGCAACUGCUGCUUUACUGUCAAGACUUCUCAAAUGCUUCUACUUAUUGUCUGCUUUCUCCCUGUGCUGUUUUGCAUUAACAUCAGUUUCCCUAUCUGUAGCUUAGUACUGACAGUAAAUUCAUUCUCUCUGUAAACAUUUUCAUUGUUUAAGUCCUGUGUAUGGAAAGCUGAGCUGCUAGGCCUUUAAUCUUGAAUACCUGCAUUGUUUUCCUUGAACUUCCCAGUGUUGUAGUUCUUAAUGAUCAGGGUUGUUUUUUUCCUCUCAUUUGUGUGUUCUUUCCUGGCUUAUUUCCUUUUCCUUUUUUUUUUUUGCCUGUUUGCAGGAGAUGAGUGGUGUUCUAAAGAACAUGCUCUCAGAGUGGUUUUCAACAGGAUUCCUAAACUUGGAGCGUGUCACGUGGCAAUCACCUUGUGAAGUACUCCAGAAAAUCAGUGAUUCUGAAGCCGUGCAUCCUGUUAGAAACUGGGUUGAUAUGAAGCGUCGAGUGGGGUCAUAUAGAAGAUGCUACUUUUUUUCCCACUGUGCAAUCCCAGGAGAACCGUUGAUAGUCUUGCAUGUUGCAUUAACCAGUGAUAUCUCCAGCAGCAUCCAGGCCAUAGUGAAAGAAGUGGAACCUUUAGAAACAGAAGUUGCAGACAAAAUUACAACAGCAAUUUUCUACUCUAUCAGUUUGACUCAGCAAGGACUGCAAGGGGUGGAACUUGGGACUUACCUUAUCAAACGUGUGGUAAAGGAGCUGCAGAAAGAACUUCCUCAGAUAAAAACUUUUUCUACUCUGUCGCCUAUCCCUGGGUUCACAAAAUGGCUCGUUGGUCUCCUCUCCUCACAGACAAAAGAACUGGAAAAGAAUGAACUUUUUACAGAAUCAGAACGCCAAGAGCUAUCUCAGAUCACAGGAGACUGUACUACUGAAACACUAAAGAAGCUCUUCAACAACAACGAAUGGGUGCGAUCAGAAAAGUUAGUCAAGGCUCUCCAUUUGCCGCUGAUGAGACUUUGUGCCUGGUAUUUGUACGGGGAGAAACACCGCGGCUACGCACUGAACCCAGUAGCAAACUUUCACCUUCAGAAUGGCUCCGUGUUGUGGCGGAUAAACUGGAUGGCAGACACGAGCCCUCGGGGCAUCGCUGCUGCGUGUGGCAUGAUGGUGAACUACCGGUACUUCUUAGAGGAUACAGCCAGUAACAGUGCAGCCUAUCUGGGGACAAAAGCCAUUAAAGCCUCAGAGCAGGUUCUUUCCUUGGUGUCGCAGUUCCAGCAGAAUAGCAAGCUCUAAUACUGAGGACAAGUGGUUUUCACUUGUAAGGAGCUGUCAUAUCUUGCAGUGCCUGUAUUUAAAUGCGAUCAUCCCUUAUAAGACAAAUUUACUCAGCACGGCAGGGUACAAAAUUAUCUAAAUUAUCAGCUGUGUUGCUUACACUGCCAUAUAUUCAAAGCCUGAUUUGUUGCAGUUGAAUCACUUCAAGUACUAGACAUCUGUUAUGUACAAAUGAAUUGGAGGUAUGUAUUCAGGAAUGAGCAAAUUCUCUCAACCAGUUACAAUCCAAUAGUAACUUGUAUGGCUGAAGUAUUUUCCAUACUAUUAUUCUGUUGGUAAUAAACCUGUAUAAAUGUCAUGGUUUUGGCUGGGAUAGAGUUAAUUUUCUUCAUAGAAGCUUGUAUAACAGUUUGUGUUGGAUUUUAAUACAAUAUUGUCAAUAAGA